UGUGCGUUUAUAUCCACAAAACAAGAAAAUGGCAUCCAUCACCAUGUGGUCUUGCCGUGAUGCAAUUGGAUUGACUUCACUUCAAUUUGAAGAGAUUGGCAGACAAAGGCGAGAUGAAGAAAGCUUUUGGAUUAGCAAAAUUUCAUGGCGAUUAUAAGGCGUUGGAGGCUGCAAUUGUUAAGGCAACCAACUAUUACCAUGCAUUGCCAAAGGAAAAGCACAUUCGAUAUAUUUUCCAAUCACUUUCUCCGUCAAAACCUCGCAGUGAGGUGGCUUAUUGUAUACAUAGUCUUGCAAGGCGUUUGAACCAAACUAACAAUUGGGCUGUUGUUUUGAAAACCCUUAUUAUUAUACAUCGUGCAAUGAGGGAACUUGAUAAUACAGUUUUGGAAGAGCUUGUUAAUUAUACAAAAGGAAGAGGUCAUUUGAUUGAUCUAUCACAAUUUCAUGAUGCCUCACUCCCAAAUGCCUUGGAUUAUUCUGUUUGGAUACGUAAUUACGGUCUCUACCUUGAAGAGCGCCUACGAUGUUUUGUCAUAGUCAACCAUGAUGUCGCAGCUUAUAACUCAAAAUAUUCCCAAAAGCUUGACACCAAGGAAUUACUGGAACAAUUGCCUGCCCUACAAAAUCUUCUCUUUCGGCUUCUUGAUUCCAAGCCAGGGGGUGCAUCUGCAUUUAAUCGUUUGAUUCAAUAUGCCCUUUCAAUUAUUGCUGGUGAAAGCGUUAAACUAUAUGUUGCAAUAACUGUUAGAGUGGUGGAAUUACUUGACAAGUUUUUUGAGAUGAACCGUGAUGAUGCGAUUAGUGCACUAAAGAUUUAUAAGAAAUCAGGAAGCCAGGCAGAGAGGUUAUCUGCAUUCUUUGAGACCUGUCGGGGCCUAGACUUUGCAAGGGGGCAAAAAUUCAUCAAUAUUAAACAGCCUCCUGCUUCCUUUAUAACGACCAUGGAAGAUUAUAUUAAGGAGGCUCCCAACACAUUGAUGCUUGAGUAUAACGUGAAUGGUGAAGGCGAAGGAAGUACUUGUAAUGAAGAUACAGUUCAUAUAGGCGAUUUGUUGAGUGUAAAUGAGUUAGAUUCUUCUCUAGAAAAUAAUGAGGCUACAACACCACCACCACAAGCAGCUGAUCUUAUGGGUUUGUAUGAUUUACUAACAGGUGCAUCUGAAUUUGAUGAAAAUCCCCUAGCAUUGGCAGUUGUUCCAACUGAAAAUUCUUUAAAUUCAAGCAAUGAUGAGAAGGAAGACAGUCCAAUAACAGGUUGGGAGGUUGCACUUUUUACAGAGUCACAAGUCUCUGAUCAAAAUGAAGUUGCAGAGAGUAAAAAGGAUGAUGAAUUAGACGUGUUAAAACUUGAGGGUUUAUAUGGUGAAGCUGUUGUUGGAGCACAACAUGAUGGAGGUUACCAGAUAGGCCAAGUGAACUCCAAUCCUUUUGACUUUCAUGAUGCAGCCCAGUACCACAUGGCAUUGGCACACCCGAGUGUUUUCUCUGUUCCUUCUAACAUUCCACCCCAAAUUGUAGGCAUGCAACCCUACCAAGAUUCUUAUAAUAACGCUCAACAACUGCAGGAGGAGGAACCAUUCGUAACAAUGAUUAAAAAAUCGACAAAUCCAUUUGAUGAACCAAAUAUUUUGCCACCAGCUUCAGCCUCGGCAAUGCCAUCACACCCUACUUAGACUGCUUAUAUAUAGGAGGAGACUCAUGCAAGAUUCUUUUUUGUUUACAAAAAUAAAAGCUUUGAUGAUUUUGGUCUCGGAGUCUCACCAAAGAUGAGGAAAGCCUUAAUUAAAGUUUAGAGAAUACUCAGAGUUACUUACAUAUGAAUUAUAGAUGAAAUUCUCACAUCGAUAGGAGAAUUCAAAUCCUUGUAAGAUAUAUAUUGAAU